AUGGGAAAUUGCUGUGUGGUUCCUGUUGGUUCUUCAGAGAAGAGGAAAAAGGAAAAGAAAAAGAACAAACCCAAUCCAUUCUCAAUAGAUUACCAUGCAAAUCAUAGAUCUGGAGACAAGCUUGUUGUGUUAAAGGAUCCAACGGGCCGUGACAUUAACCAGAGUUAUGAUCUGGGUCGUGAGCUAGGUAGAGGUGAAUUUGGAAUCACAUAUUUGUGUACAGAUGUGGAUACAGGCGAGAAAUUUGCCUGCAAAUCAAUAUCGAAAAAGAAGCUUAGGACUGCUGUGGAUAUUGAGGACGUGAGGAGAGAGGUUGAGAUUAUGAGGCAUUUGCCUAAGCAUCCCAAUAUUGUCAGCUUGAAGGAUACAUAUGAGGAUGACAAUGCAGUUCACAUUGUCAUGGAAUUGUGUGAGGGUGGAGAAUUGUUCGAUCGGAUCGUGGCGAGGGGGCAUUAUACAGAGAGGGCGGCUGCAGCUGUCAUGAGGACAAUUGUGGAAGUUGUUCAGAUGUGUCACAGGCAUGGAGUGAUGCAUCGGGAUCUCAAACCAGAGAAUUUUCUUUUUGGAAACAAGAAGGAAACAGCACCCUUAAAGGCAAUCGAUUUUGGGUUGUCAGUUUUCUUUAAACCUGGACAGCGCUUUACGGAGAUAGUGGGAAGUCCUUAUUACAUGGCUCCAGAGGUCCUAAAACGUAAUUAUGGCCCAGAGGUUGAUGUCUGGAGUGCUGGAGUUAUCCUAUACAUUCUGCUUUGUGGUGUUCCACCUUUCUGGGCAGAAACUGAACAAGGAGUAGCACAAGCAAUUAUUCGCUCUGUCAUUGAUUUUAAGAGAGAUCCAUGGCCUAAAGUUUCAGACAAUGCAAAGGAUCUUGUAAAGAAAAUGCUUGAUCCUGACCCAAAGAGCCGGCUUACAGCUCAGGAAGUGCUUGUUUUUCCCAAAAAUCCCAAGAAAAGGAAAAGAUCCAAGGUGGGUUAUUCUCUGCAACAUUUCAUUAUAGAAUCUCCGGGAUAUAGGUAA